AUUAUGUUUUUAAAAAAGUGUCCAAGGCCAAUAUUUGUUAACUGAUACAUAAUCUAACAGUUAAAUCUAACAUGUAACAUUUAUUUUGGUACUUCCGGUUACCAGCCAUGUUAAUUUGCAUAUGAACUAAAUAGUUCACCCAGAACAUUAAUAUUUUUGACAUUUAGAUGUAGGAUUAUAUUUAACAUGUAGGUGUAGCAUUGCAUGUUUAGAUAUAACUGUUUAAUAUUAUGUAUAAGUUGACAAAUGUGGAAAAAAGUUGGUGUUAUUUUCAGCUUGAGUCACAGCUGUGGACGUCUGGUAAUGAAAACCUCGUUUUGAGUGGAUGUUUAUUAUUAACCAGGUGUGGUAAGAAAAACAGCGACAUGAAAAGUUAUGAUAAAUGUAAACACACAUGAAGCAGGUGAUUUUCCCCCCUCGACUUCCUUUCAAACUGGCUUUCAAAAUAAGAGCUACUGACGUCGACUUUUGCUUUAACGCUUUUGCCAUAGCGCUUAACAAUAAAACGAUAGUUCGCAGUCGUGAUUGUAGUCAAAUAAAACCCACGUUUUAAGUUGUUUAUUUUUGUUCGUAGGUUCAUUCGAAGUAGUGUCACUUCGCACAUGCGCAGAACAAAUCGGGGACCAAGGCCCGUUAGCAGCGUUAGCUCCGUGUGGACAGUAAAACACGGUGGUUUGUUCGCGUGUCGCAUGUCAAGUAUUCCGGUUGUUGACGAAGCAGCGAUGUCUCCGCUUCAGUUUUUGAGGAAUUUAAUCUUCGAUCGACUAACUGCCGCUGCUGCCGAAGAAAUAUUCGCACACGUAGAAAGAAUUAUCGUCGAGUACGAGGCUGAGGUGGAUCGUCAGCGCAGACUGUUGGAGAUCGUUUAUAAACCUCAAAUAAAGUUAAAGCGGAUAGAUGUUCUUAAGGAGGAGGAGGAGGAGGUUCUCACUGAGCAGCAGCUCUGUAACCAGGAGAGGAACUCCAGUCUGGACCAAGAGGAACCAGAGUCUCUACAGAUUAAAGAGGAAGAGGAGGAAAUCUGGACCCGUCAGGAGCAGGAGCAGAAGCAGUUUGAACUGAAGCAGGAGGCUGAUACCUUUAUGUUGUCCCCUGAUAAUAAAGAAAGUGAUCACAUGGAAGCAGAACCAGACACUGACCACCAGCUCCUCUCUGCUGUAGCUGAGAGUCAAGAUCAGACAACAGUCCACAUGAGAAAUGUUACAGGUGAAAAGACCCACACGUGCAACAUUUGUAAGAAGUGCUUUGCGGAUAAAAAAAAAUUGAUAAGACACAAAAGAACUCACACAUAUGGGAAGCCAUAUUCUUGUGAAGCAUGUGGAAAGGGUUUUCGGUCCAGUUCAGAUUUGAUGAUCCACCAAAGAAUUCACACAGGUGAGAAGCCCCAUAUUUGUAAUAUUUGUAAGAAAAGCUUUGCGCGUAAAGAAACCUUGAUUAGACAUAGGAGAAUUCACACAGGUGAGAAGCCAUAUUCUUGUGAAACAUGUGGAAAGUCUUAUCGUCACGCAUCAAAUUUUAUCAUCCACAGAAGGACUCACACUGGUGAGAAGCCGUAUUCUUGUGAAACAUGUGCAAUGUGUUUUCGUUGCAGUUCAGAUUUGACGAUCCACAAAAGAACUCACACAGGUGAGAAACCGUAUGUUUGCCACAGUUGUAAGAAAUGUUUUGCACGUAGAGAUACCUUGAUGAACCACAUGAGAACUCACAUGUGAGAAGAAGCCAAUCUUCAGAUGCCGGACACCGAACAAGCCUGGAUUCUGGUAUAACAGACUUCAAACAUUUCUCUGAAAGAGCUAAAAUAAAAACACAGACAAGGACACAUAUGGACAAUGCUAUGCCAACAAAA